AAUAAUAAAAUUAUAAAUGAGAGAAAAAAAUAAAUUAUUAAAAUGUAUAGCAGAAUAUCUAAUACAUUAAUGUUCAUCGGACUUCUUAUAAAUCAACAUAAAGUUUCAGGUAAUCUAAAUCGAGUAAUAGGAGGUUAUGACGCACCUUCAGAAUUCGGAAGGUUCCACGCUUCACUUCAGAAUUUGAGUGGUCAACAUGUGUGUGGUAGUGCAGUUGUUACGAAAUCACAUGUCGUCACAGUUGCUCAUUGUGUUGCAGGUACAGAACCUCAAUACGUAAAAAUUGUCGUCGGUACGAACGAUUUAGACAAUGGAGGAUUACAGUACGAUGCUGAGGUACUAAACAUACAUCAGCAGUAUAAUUCUAGUACGAGAAUUAACGAUAUUGCUAUCAUAAAAAUAAGUGGUUAUUUUGAUUUACAACACAUUACCAUAAUUGAAAUGGGUUAUAACGAACUAUUGGAGGGAGAUCCGGUAAUUAUAACAGGAUUUGGAGCUCAAGAGCCUAAUGGAGAAUCAAGUCGUCAGAUGUAUGCCAUUAAUUUACCUGUAUUUAGUCAAGAAACAUGUCGAUUCGCAAUGCGCUAUUCGAAGGAAGUUGUUGACAGCAUGUUCUGCACUUUUACACAAAUUGGCCAAGGAACUUGUCAUGGUGAUUCCGGUGGCCCUAUUAUCAAGGAUAAUAAACUGGUGGGUUUAGUUUCAUGGGGUAUUCCUUGUGCAGUUGGAUUUCCUGACGUUCACACCAGGAUAUCACACUUUACAGAAUGGAUAAAAGAAGAAGUUAUUAAAGAUUUCAUCUAGUUACUAAGCUAUGCAAACAUAGGCGUAAUUAUACCAUCUGAAUGCCUUAUAAUCGACUUCGGCACUUCCUGGGAAGGGAAUGGGGAUCUCCUUGAACAAAUUGAUAAAUACAAUGUUUUCUAAAUUACGUUCCUAACAACAAGAAAUUACACGAACGAGUAGAUAUAUCUACUGUGGAGUAUAAUUUCAAUAUUGAUAUCAGUUCUAGUAUUUUGUACCUACUGUUUUUUAAAUGUAAUCGAGACUAAACUGAAUAAAUUAAUAACAAUGUCAGUAAGUUUUUCUUACUCAGCACGAAAUAUGAAAUUAAUAUGUUGCUAAUGUUUAAGGUAGGGUGCGUAACUGUACAAUGUCAUUGGAUUGAUAUUUGAUGCAGAGUAGCAGGACAGCUCUGCAAACCGAAAUUUGUACAUUUCAUUUUUCGUCUUUAACAUAAUUUUAAUGGUUCCCGUUACUCGAUUGAUUAACUUGUAUAAUCUCGCAUUAUUAAGUCUACAUUGUAAUAUACAAUAAAUACAGUAACUAUAGUU